AUGUGGUCGGCAUUAUCAUAUGAGAUUCAGCUUGGACCAAACUCUACGCUUGCAACAAUUCUACGAGAUAUUCAGGCUAUGGAAGUCGAGCACACGUGGUAUCGUACGAAUGGCAGUACUGUGGCACUAAUAGACGCUUGCACUUCUGGCACAAAAUUUGCAUACCGUCCACAUUCGGUAACUUGCAAGACGGCCGGUAACAGACCUUUCCGAAACAGGAAAGAGGGUCGCCCGGAGGAUCGACCAAUGCAAAUUGCAAAUUUCCCCGAUCGAGGCAGCGGGUCUCGCGCGGUAUCCGACCACGUUCCCUCUGCCUGUCUCCUUACCGCAGCCUGUAACCUAGUCGUCUCGCCGCUGUUGUCUUGUUUCCUGGCUUGUCUUCGAUUGACACGUUGCCAACUUUUCUUCUAUCCUUCAGCUCGUGGAUCUCUCGUCCUUCACCAUGAGUGCCACGAAGGCGCAAUCCCAGAAGAUCUUCGAGAAGCUGAAGGCCAAGCCCGCAAACAAAAAUGGCAGUGGGAUCAGCUCCGGCUCAUGAAAGUCGGUGGCAAUGAGUCCGCCACGAAGUUUUUCCAGUCUCACGGAGGAUCCGCCGCUCUGGCGAGCAAGGAUGUGAAGGUCAAGUACACGUCUAAUGCGGCCGUCAAAUAUAAGGAAGAGCUGAAGAGACGGGCCGCUAUCGAUGCGCAAGAGUAUCCCGACGAAGUGGUGAUUACCGACGACGUCCCUGCCUCUGGUGAUGGCGCAUCGACUGCGGAUGGCGACGCAGAGGAUGACUUCUUCUCUUCAUGGGACAAGCCUUCCAUCAAACGCCCUAGCAACCCCCCCUCACGGACUAGCACGCCGCCCACGGUUGGCCGCACCGGAUCUCCCUUCCUAACCGCCGGCGCGAACGGGAAUGGCACAACGCGACCCAAGUCUCCGCUCUCUAGCAGUGACAAGGAUACCAGCUCUCCUCCUCCCACCGCUGUCCGAUCGGGGUCCGUCGUCCGAAAGGGAGCUACGACUACGACCGCCAAGAAGGGCAGCGUAUUGAGUUCUAAGAAGACGCAGAAGCUGGGUGCCAAAAAGGUUGGUGGCGACGCCAUCGAUUUCGAGGAAGCCGAGCGCAAGGCCAAAGAAGAGGCAGAGCGCAUAGAGAAGUUGGGCUACGACCCGGAGGCGGAGCAGGCGGAAGCAGAGGCAAAGGAGAAGGCGGCAGCGUCCUCCGCCGCGGCUACGAAGAUCGCGUCACCCACUCCGAUCAGUCCUUCUCGAGGCGGGUUCGGAGCGACCAGCAAGACUCAUGAACGAAGUCCAAGCGAGGUGGAGCGACUCGGAAUGGGAAUGGCCCGUUUAGGUUUUGGCCAAACCAAAGCCGCUCCGAAGAAGCCUGGAUUUGGAGCUGUCGGUCCUGCGAAAUCAGCUGUCGAUGGUAUGCUUCUGAACAAAACUAUCUUGAAGAAGGCCAGGCUAACAGGACCUGUAGAAGAAGAAUUGGAAAAGACCAAAGCUCGGUUCGGCAACCAAAAGGGUAUCUCCUCGGAUGAAUUCUUUGGUCGGGAUAAGUUCGACCCGGCUGCACAGGCCGAGGCCAAGGAGCGCCUUCGGAACUUCGAGGGCGCCACCGCUAUCUCCAGCAAUGCCUACUUUGGGCGACCAGAGGACGACCUUCCGUCUGCGGACGACUAUGGUGGGUAUGGAGAUCUGGAAAGCGCGGCGAAGGAUUUCAUACGGCGGUUCGGAAUCACCGCGGGAGAUGACCUGGAGAAUCUGACGCAGAUGCUGGGUGAAGGAGCCAGCAAAUUACAAGGCAAGUAUCUCGACUUGUACAAUUCGAUGUCUUGUCAGACGACCCAACUAACUUGGCGUCACACUACAGGUGCUAUUCGGAGCUACCUCAACAGCUGA